AUGCAUCAGAGCGAAAGCGACGACGGCAUGGCGAAUACGGAACAGACCCUCUCCCACGGACCUGCGAACCGCAAUGGGAAGCUUCGCAUCGUAAACGGUAACAGCAACCCAAAGCUGGCCAAAGGCAUCUGCAAAGCCCUCCGUAUUCCCCUUACGACAUGUAACGUGGGCACCUUCGCCAAUGGUGAAAUCAAUGUCAAGAUUCUUGAGUCUAUACGUGGUGAUGACCUGUUUGUCGUCCAGCCGACAUGUGGAAAUGGCGUUAUCAACGUGAAUCAGGCCGUAAUGGAACUCCUUCUCAUCAUCCAUACACUGAAACUCAGUUCCGUCAGGCGCGUCUUUGCCGUUAUUCCGCACUAUGGAUAUGCUCGCCAGGAUCGUAAGCACACUUCCCGUGUGCCUAUCAGUGCAUCUGCUGUUGCACGCAUGAUUAUGGAAUUCGGCGUCAGCGGAGUCCUUACAAUGGACCUACACUGCGGCCAAAUUCAGGGAUUUUUCCAUGGUUGCCCCGUGGCCGACCUCAGCGCCACCUCGGAGUUUGCAGAGUACGCAAAGAGUAAAUCCUUUGACACCAACAACCUCGUUGUUGUCGCCCCAGAUGCCGGCGCUGUGAAUCGUGCGCGACGUAUGGGAGAUUGUCUUGGUGCACGUCGCAUUGUUACUAUCCUAAAGCGGCGUGUGGAGGCAAACCAGGUGGACAGCAUGCAACUCGUCGGUGAGGUUGACGGGUGCACGUGCAUCAUCGUUGAUGACAUGAUCGACACUGCUGGGACGCUGUGCAAAGCUGCCGAGGUGCUGUCAGAAAACGGUGCGAAGGAGGUGCACGCGUGGGCGACGCAUGGCAUUCUCACCGAUCCCGCGUGCCAGCGCAUCACGGACUGUAAGGCGCUUGUGGAGGUGGUGGUGACGGACAGUCUUCCCCAGGAGGAGACGGUGCGCAAGUGUUCCAAAAUCAAAAUUAUAUCCAUCGCCAAGCUUCUGGCAUCAGCAAUAAACCGUAUCCACUCUGAGGAAAGCAUCGAGCACAUCGGUGAAAAGCUUGUGGAGCAACACGACCAGGACCUUAUUUCAUUGGAUGCGCUAGUCGAGGAGGGUGACUGGCCCCAAGCUGGGCAGCGAUCGAUUAAGAGGCGGACCACCGCGCCCCUCGGUAAGCCAGGCGUCUCUGAACGUUCCCCAGCCUCUGAACAGAAACAAACUAAUUGA